UCUGCUUGUUCAGAGCUUAAUGUCACGGGCUGAGAGUCUGGCGCAGCACACGGCGCCCGUGCGGCGUCCUGGAGGACCCCAUAAUCCUCAGGACAAGCCUUACCACAUACGGAUCACACUGGUUUCGCCCUGCCAUGGGCUCAUCAGGGAGGCGGCACUAGCCCCCGACCAGUUGUGCACUCAGUCCGAAGACUGAGGCAGAACACCCCCAAAUGCUAAUGUCGCCCCCUUUACCCAUAUUGUGCGAGGCUAACCAGCGGAUCGUUCUUUACAUUAGUCUUUACACGGUCACGGAGAUAUCAUCCGUGACAUUAAGGCCACAAUAUAUUUUGCCUGAUUGGGCUCUCAUAUCGACACUUGUACCCAUAAGUUUGGUUUGUCAAGAUUGCUGAUUAGUUUCUAUAAGUGGUCAAGCUAUUUGAGACUGCUUGCAUCAAUUGUUGGGUUGUUAUCAUUAGAAGCGAACUAAGCCUUGCUAUCACCUUGUUGCCUUUGUUUCUGGUUAGAUAGUUUGCCAUGAAGCUUCCAACAAGUGUCCUUUGUUUAACCAUAUUUAUUGCAGUGAUCACACCAAGGCUUACCACUGUGUUCUGCUCAAUCACCACUACUGUAUAGUGCAAGGGCAAAGUUGUUAGAAGUAAUAUGAGUUGUAGUUGCAAUGCCUUGUACAAUACCUUAUGGUAUUAAGCCAUGUUACAAUUGGAUCCUUAGGACAAGAUUUCUAUAAUCAUGGCAUUGUUUAAUCCAUGCAACUAGCCGCACCGAGUGGAAUAAGGCUUGUUAUUGUUGUUGUUGAAGUUGUUUGGUCAAGCUUCGACCAUCUAUUUUUGCAUGGCUUAAAAGUUUCUUAUUGUUUGAAUCAGAGCAUCAAAUAUUUGAAUUUUUUCUGAUUUUGUUCAAAAAUAAUUUGUAUUUACAAAUCUUUUAAAAGCUUAUCCUUUUGGGAUCAAGUAGCUUUUGACAAUUUACUAUGUUGUUUGCAGGGUUGGAAUGGAUAAAGGUAUAUCAAAAGCCUCGAAAUAGAAACACUUCAAAAUUGAUGGUUCGACCUUGUUAUCCUCCUAUGUAUCUUGAAAGCCAAAUUCCUGACAUGAGUGCUAUUUUUGAAGAAAUAGUUGUUUAUAAUACAUGGAUGGUGGGGGAUUUGGUAGAUUGGUGGGCUGAUAACUGUUAUUGGUCUGGAAGAGUGGCCAAAAUAUUGGAAGAUGGGAAGUUUAAGAUUGAUUUGUUUCCUCCUCCAGUGGGUGAAGGGUCAUCCUAUGAAGCUCUCUUUAAGGACAUCCGCCCAUCUUUGGAUUGGGGCCCUAAGAAAGGUUGGACAGUGCCUUUACCCAAGUUUCUAAAUGGUGGAAAACUACAGUUUUGUGCUCAGAUAGCUAAGCCAAGACAUUCAGCAAGAGCAGCAUGUUACUAAGCAUCAGUGGGGUGAAGUUGAUUCGAGGAUAAUUGAAAACUUGAAGAGGUCUAUUGA